AUGAACGACGACAACAACCCCCGUCCGCACAAGCGACAACGCACACAGAAAACAGAAAACAGAACAGAUGCCGCGAUGUCGGCCUUGCCACCUCUCCCGCCGCCUGUGCUCCUCCUCUCGCUCCCCGGUCUCCUCGCCCACCCACCUACGCACCGCUUCCAUCCGCAAGCCCUCAUUCUCUCCCUCAAGUCGCUCCGCAAAUGCCUUACUCUAGAAUCCCUCGCACCAGACGUCGAGUGUAGGACGUGGACGGCGCUCGCCGAGGUAGGUAUGAAUGCCAUCGACAGCGGCUUUGCACACAAGCCAGAGCACACAUGGGCCAUCGGCAUCGAAAAAGAGGUCGAGAAGUCGAUAGGCAGAGGACGCUUGAUCGCACAGAAGCACCCUUCCCUGCGCAUAUACAAGCACCACCUUACCCUCAUCCACGCGCGCUUCUCGCACUGGCAGCAGAACGACAAGUUCGCGCACGCCCUCCUCCGUCGCCUUCUCUCAUCCUUCAAUGCCUUUGACCCCCCAGCACUGAUUUAUACGACGCAUUUGGCGAUCAUCUCUCACCUCGUUUCUUCCAGAAGCAUCUCUGUGUCCCAGCAGACCGUCGACGCGCAUACAGCACUCCAGGCCGUAGACACACUCCAUGCGCUCGCUCUCCAGCGUGUGCACCCGCACGUCGCGCUCCUCACACAAGUCUUACGCAUUCAGCUCCUCGUUACGCGCCAGCAAUGGGCCCUCGUCCACUCCGCACUCGAUGCGGCCGAGGCCGCGCUGGGGCUCUCGUACGUCGCGCCACAACCGGACGCAGGCUCCUCCACAAAAGACGUCAAGGAUCCGAGGCGGGAGACGACAUUUGUGUCAUUCGACGACCCGUUCGAGGCGCUCAUGGCGGUCCACACGCUCAUCCUCGGCGUCACGUUCUUCACGUCCGCAGGGCUCGGUGCGGACGCGUCCCCGCGCCUGUCGCAUCUGCACGCGCUGCUCGACGCCGGCGCGCUCGACCACUUUCCGGACGGGAUCGUGCAGAUUGCGUUCUCCGCGGGCCCUCCGCUUGCGCUGCGCACGACGCACCCGCGCGUCCUGUUCUUUCUUGGCUACCUUGUCAGCGCCGUUUCGAAGCGUGACGCGGUCGGGCGCAAGCCUCGCCGUAAAGUAUUCGCGAUGGAGGGGCUCUCCAUGCUCGCAGAGAGCCCCACGCCGGAACUGACGCUCCCAUCGUGGGCAAGCGUAGGCGAGCUUGAGGAGGUGGGCCAGCGAUUGGCGCACAUCAAGGCGGACCUGCUCUCCGAGCUCGUCGCGAACCUCGCGGCGCUCAUCGCGCACACGCGGACGCACGGGUUGUUCCCGCUCUACGCGCCGCGAAUCACGCUGCACCACGCGCACCUCGCGCACGCACUCGGCCAAAGCGCGCGAGCAGUGCGGUGCUACCGCGUCGCCGCGGACCUCGCGGAUGUAGGCACGUUCGUGCGGGCGGCGGCGCGAGCGGGGGAGGUGCUGCUGCGCAUCGGGCUCCGGGGCGGGCGCUUCUGCGCGGAGGACGGGAGCGCGGAGGACGCCGAGAUCGUCGAGCUCGGGCGGGAGGCGGUGGGGCUCUGCCAGGGGAUGGGGGGCACGCUCGAAGCGGCGGGACACUUGCUAUCCGCGUGUCUGUCGAAGGAGAUCGUCAAGUCGAAACAGCAUCUGCGGCAGGCGCUGGAGCUGGCGUCGCGGGCGCAGGACAACCACAUGCGGGCGCUGGCGCUGGCGUUGAUCGCGUCGGAGUACAUGGACACCGCGAUCGAGCACGCGGGGUCGAUCUUGCAGACGUGCGACCAGCUGGCUGCAGGACUGGGCGCGCCGGCGAGCAAGGGGGCCGGACCAGGGGACGCGGUGGCGGGGAACGCGCCAAUGCGGCUUUGGGUCGGCGAGCGGGUGGUAGAGCUCUGCAAGCGGGCAGGGAAGGAAGACAAGGCGGGGAAGCAGCUGUUGCUGAACGCGGAGCUGCACAAAGCGGUCGAGCGAAUCGCGGAGCGCGGAGCACGUAUCUCGGCCGGGGAGAGAGGCUAGGACGGACUUGGACAGAUGAGGGAGGGCGGACGGACGGACGUGUUUUGAGGGAGGGCUGUCGAUUUUUUCGUGCUAUGUGGAUCGAGAGUAGCUCAGUUUCGUAGU